CGUUCCUCUUGGAGUCUUUUAUACCUUUCUUUCAUACCUCUGCCAUUUCAGCACUCUUCAAUUCUUUGUCAAUGUUUAAUACCUAGCCUUCUGGGUCCACCUCUUCUAUUUUUGUUCUUGUCGCUAUUACUGUCUCUGCUUCCAUAAUCUUUCGGUUUUAUUUGGUUUUAUUUGGUUUUAUCUGGCUUCAUUUGAUUUCAUUCGCUCUAGGUUUUAUUUUUAAUCGUUUUCAACAGUCUCUCUGAAUUCAAUUCGCUCUCUUAUUCACUUAUCCCAAUUUAAUUAUAUCCCAACCUAAUUUGCUCUCGCCUGAAGCAUUUACAUAAUGGAUAAUCAAUCACUAGCUGUUGGUUUGGCUGUGGGUAUUCCCACUGUUGUCAUACUACUCAUCGUCUUUAUGUGGUACUACCUCAAUCACAAUAACUUGAAAAAAGAAGAUAACAAAAUCGAUUUAGAAUUCGCCCAUAACAUAGACGACAAUAUAAAUUUCAACAAUUUGAACGAUCUUAAAAUUAAAAAAAACUCAAGUUUGUCUAAAAAACUAAAAAAUAACAAUAAAAUUAACAACAAUAACAAUAAAAACAAUAACAAUAACAAUUCAACAAAAUAUAGAAAUUACAGAACCUAUUACAACCUUAAAAGUAAUAACAAUAACAAUAACCAGAUUAAUGCAAAUCAUAAAAAUAUCAACACAGAUAAUGAAAAGGAAUUUGUAACCUUGAAAACUGUUCGUGAAUCAAACGAAAUUAAAGAAUCAAUUGAAAUCAAUGAUAAAAAUCAAACCAGCACCACCAUCACCAUCCAAGAAAAUACUACUGAUUCAAAGAAUAAAGAACCUAACCAAGUAUCAAAUGAACUAACUUAUCGAACUGAUUCAACAAUCUCAACCACUUCAAUCCCACUAACUGACCCAACUAAUUACUCAAACUAUCUCAACAUCUCACCCGAAAAUUACAACUCAAUCAAUAAAUCCCUAUCUUCUUUUGAUGACGAAACCAAAGCCUCCAUUCCUCGUCACUCAAUUAAUAACUCAAUCAAAUCCUCAAAAUUGCAAUCCUUUCAAUUAAACAAAAGAAACUCAUCUAACCAGAAAAAUCUACCUAAUUUCAAAUCAAAAAAAUUAAAUCAAAGAGAUUCAAACAGAUCUUCUCAAGAUUUUUAUGAUAAAGUCAUUCCUCUAAUUCAAGAAAAUCAACCCCAUUUAUCUCCUAACCCUAAUCCUAAUCCUAAUCUUCAAGCCCAAGCAGAAAACUCUCUAUCUUCUGACUCUUCAUCCUCAGAAUUAACCUCCUCUCCAAUUACAAAUAAUAACUCUCCUAAUAGUAAUGAUAAUAACAACGAUAUCAAUACAACACCCACUCUUGAUCCUCAUCAGAUUCAUAAAUCGCCUUCUCAAUUGGAUUACAUUAAAAUGCUAAAACAGUAUCCAAGUUCUUAAUUGUUAUAAUUAUAUCAAAAAUAUUUUUUUUUUCUUUUUUUUCAAUUUUAUCUUAUUUCAUUUUAUCCUGUUCAAAUCUCACUUUCCUUCAUAUACUUAUGCUUUUUAUUUCUCUUUAUUUCUCUUUAUUUCUUUUGGUUUCCUUUUCAAUUCAUUAUCUUUAUCAUUUUUAAUACUUUUUUUUGCAAAUUUAUUUUUUUCGGCUGCGUCUUUUAUCCAUUCAUUCAUUCAAUUUAUCGUUUUUUCUUUGUUUUUAUUCACCGAUAUACUUUAAACAUCUAU